GUACGGACAGCAGGGUAAGCAGCAACAACCUCUUCUUUGAUGUUUCUGUUGGACUUGUUCACAAUGGAACCGCGUGGUCUGCAAAACUGCAGGAAAUAGUGCGGAAUAUAUGGUAUAUAUUUUUUUAAGAAGAAGAAGAAAAAAGGAAUGGAUUCAGUGCGCGCGCCGCUGAAUGGAGAUACCUCAGAUGCUGCUUUCCCCACCUCUUCCUCAGACGUCUGGUGCACACACACGUACCGGCAACAGAAGCAAACUGACUCAUCAUACAGUAAACUGGAAGGCCAGCAGGGCAGCAUGACAUCAUCUCAAAAGGUCUACCUUUUUCUCGGGGUUUUCCUGAGCACCAUAAACCUGUUGAAGGGCGGCUGUGAGGACUAUUUUGCUCUGAGCGAGUGGCAUUUUCUAGAGAAUUUCAAUAAGAGUAUUGCUCUUAUAAAUGCCAACAAGUCAGAGGACAUAGUGAGGUGUUCUUUACGGAAUUUUUGGAACAGCUCAGGAUGCACUGAAGGAAAUCUAUUGUGCUGGAUUUACGAACAUUGUGGUUAUAAAAAUGAGACUAAUUUUGAAGACAAUUGUUUGAACGAGUCUCUUGGGAAUGUUACUAUGUUUCACAUCAGAUGCAUCGUAGCCAAAGAACGAAAUAAGACCAACAAAGUUUCUCAAGAAUGUGGAGACUAUGACCAACUAUUCAACCUGUACCCAAAGAUCUUCCCGAAACCCGAAGAUGGAACAACAACAACAAUGAAAUCAACCACAACUGAGGAGACACCAAGAAAAGCGCAAUCAAAUACAACAAGCAUCCCGACAACAUGCAAACCGUGUGGUAAUGUUGAUUCAAACACAGACAAGCUUGACGACAAAAGAAAGUGUGAACAACUCAAAGUUAAGAUAUUAACAGAAAAUUUGGCCUUCAUAAUUUUUCUGAUCGUGUCCGUGAUCCUCAACAUCAUCCUGCUGAUCAACAUGUAUUCCUACCACCGAAAGAAACGGGGCCGGAGUCUGCAGAGCACACAGAAUGGCAUACAUGAAAUGACAGAUAAUCUGACGAUUUCUGAAACUACAAGCUUAAAUAUGAAUAGGACAAUGGCAAACCUCGACUCAAAUGGAGCCAUGCACCAGAGAUUUACUACUCCACCCAGCAAUUUUUACCCCCCACAUAAUCCAAUUUAAUCAUCGGAGUGACGCUGGAGCCAAUUCCAGUUGCCAUCAGGCGAGAUGCAAGGUUCACCCAUAGCAGGUCGCCAGGUCAUCACAAGGCCAACCCAAAUGACUCUCAUGCACAUACUCACUCCUAAGGUCAAUUCAUAAUCACCAUUUAACCAAACAUGAAUGUAUUUGAACUGUGUGAGGUAACUGGAGUACUUUAAAAGGGCCCACAGGUGCAUGGGGAGAAGGCGUUAAGCUCCUGGGUUUGCUAUGAACUGGCAGCAUUUGGGGAUGUGGAUAUGAAGAGAAGCUCUGCAGUGUUUUUUCCUGCAACAGACAAAAAGGGAGAAGGACUAAAAGAGACAGAAAAUCAGUUCCCUAAGAAAGAUGGCAUUGUCUAUUAAUAUGUUUGUUUUUUUGGAAGAACAUAUCAAAGACAGCAUCACUCCAUUUGACAGAAUUCAGAGACACUGGUGAGAAAACAUUUCCUCCCAGGCUAGUUGGAUCUGAUCCAGAGUCACUUGAUGUGAAAAUGAGUUGCAUGGUUUGCCAAUGAAGAACCUUUAACUGUAAUGUCUGGGAUUGAAUUCAGAUGUAUUGAAUUGUGUCACAACGUUAUCAUAAGAAGAAUUCAGAUGGAGAGAGUGGCCUGAGUGGGCAAGGCCCGCCCAUCCAAGAACUAGCCUUUGUAUUUAGUUAAUAUCAUUUCAUGUUUAAUUAUUAAACAGUUAAUUUUACAGAAGUACUAAAAGAUCAUAAAUAGAAUCAGUUUCUGAGACGAUUUAUCUCUGGACAUAUUUGCAAGUUAUGUGCGUGUCCACUAAAUAUCACAAUAACUAAAACAACAUAAUGUGUUCUUAAAAAUGUGAUCUGUGUUGCUGAACGUUUCUCUUAUUAUAUGACUAUUUAGUUUUUUAAAUUCAUCCUUGAUACAAUCCAACAAGAAAAGAUAAUCGAUAAUCCAAAAACAAGAAUGAAAAGCAUGAGAAAAAAAGAAAUCUUAUAUAAAUGGACCUUCUUUUACAUGACAAUUAAAUCCAAAUACAUGUCGUUCAGGUGUCUGUGUUCAUGCCGUCGGGUGGACAUGGCGAGCCAUAAUGUGUGUGUUUACAUAUUUUUAGGACUUUCUGUACCUGGUCUUUUAAUGAUUUGUUGUCUUAAUGCCAACAUGUUUGGUGGUUGUAGAACUGGUUUUACUGAGCUGUUAGCUGAGAUUCUGGACUUUCUGUGGAUACCACACACGUUUAUAGAUACAUUUACAGACCUGACGUUACACCUGGAAAUGAGAUGUUAACCCCUUAACUCCCGGUAGCGGAGGCUGCAGGUGCAGAGGUGAAGCUAAACAGUCAAGCUAAGAAAGCAAAGUUCGAGAAUUCAUAGGCCAUAAAUCUGGAUAAUGAAGCACUAAAGGUGCAUGGAUGGAAGUUAUUGUGCAUAUUGUGAAUAUUUCUCUCUCCUCACCAUCUAGAAGCUGUGAGAUUCUAAUCCUGCUUUUUGUCUGUUCACCUGAU